GGUCCUAAAUUGCAAUCUAGUAAUAAGUACAAUUAGAACUAACUCUUCAUUUAUUAACCUUGCAGGUAACAUAUGGCUUUAAAUCCUGUAGCAUGGGUAAACCAGCAUGUGUUAUUACUCGAGUUGUCAUAAGUGUCAUUAGCCAAUUCAUAUGCGGCUAUAGUACCCUACCGCUCUACGCCAUCGUCUCUCAAAUGGGGAAUUCAUUCAAAAAAUCUAUAAUUGAUGGGAAUGUGAAUGAAGGCCUUGUCAACUGGGCCGAAAAGGCAAGGAGAAGCACAAGAGUCCCAAACAGAGCAGCUAUUGAUGCAAAUAGUUCACCAAUUGAUGAGGCAAAUGGCGGCGCAUUUGAAAUGGCAAAUACGCCGGAAAGAUCAUCAGUGGAGCAAGGGACUGCUAGGCUAAUUUAAUUGCAUACAUAGGCUUUAGGACCCCAGUAGGGUAAGAAUGUGUCCACACUAGCAACCACUACAUGCAUGUAUCUAUGAGCGGAAAUGUUAGCAUUAUUAGUGAAAA